AUGUCGAACACAAAAGAAGUGACCCGCAGCAUUGAUAAGGUUUGUACGGGUAGUCGCUUACCGCUCUAUCGCCGACACACGCUCAGUGGGAAUUCGUCAUUGGCUUCAGCGUCGGAUUAUGCCCCAAUUUUGUGGAGGCCAGUGAUGCCCACAAGCCGUCGAUCAACACUUGUGUCGAGUCUAAACACGGAAGACGUCGGUAAAUUUCGAACGACAAUUGAUGGCUCUAUGAGGACAAAGAGGUUUAUCUGUGACACAUCUAGUCACCGUCAUGGGGAUAAGGCCGUCUUUACCCUGCACGAUGUCGACGCCUUCAGUGUUCAACGAGCUAAGAUAACUCGUCGUGUUAGCGAGACGCGCUAUACCCGGUUCCGCAACUUCUUUAUACGUUGCGAAUCCGAAAUGGCAAUGGAAAUUCAAGCGAGGCGUGCUUUCUCUUUGGAGCAGUUGAAUGCUUGGGUGAACUAUAUCGUAAGUCCCACGGUGUUGCAUUGUAUCGUAGGAAUAGGAGAUAGUCAGCAGGAACUAUUGGACUUGCUCAUGGUGUCGGCAGCAAUUUCAAAAUAUGGAGAGAGCGAAUUGAUGGCUAGAGACAGAAGGGGUGAACUUCAUGCCGUGCAAAACAUAAAGCUUUGCACUUACGAUGAGAGUUUGCAAAUUUACGAGCAAAGGGAAAGUGAGCAAAUGAAUGGCAACUCCGUGCUGAUGAAAUUUGUAGUACGCAUUAAUGAUCAGUUGUCGGAGGAUCGACGCGUUGGUGGCGUAAUACUUCGUGAGAUUUUGACUCACGCUAGCACUAUGAACGUUGCUGUCACCAAGAGGAUACAAAGCGAUUCUAGUCUUUGUCUGACGAAAGAGGAAGAGCGGUUGAAACAAAUAGUGGUUCGAGUACAGUCUCACUGGUUCCAGGACGCCAUGCUCAAGGUAAACGGACGAUAUUUGUACGAUGCUCUCCGUCAAGUUCUCAGAAAUGCGAACACCUCACUGUGGGAUGAAUCGAAGGACAAACCUGAGCUGAACCGAGAACGCGUUCAAAGGAGAGAGCAACCGAGAGCUGAGGUCAUGCAGGUUGAGAGGAGAGCUACCUUGGGUCGUCAAACUCGACCAAGAUUACCGCCUCCACCCCCGCCACUUGUAGAAGCAAUAACCAGGAAUGCAUCGACGACAAAGCAUUCGCUUACCAAGGUCAUGUUGUUUCCAUCGCCGCCUAACGCAUCGACCAAGGCUGGCUUCACAGUCUACAAUCGAUUUUCCUCGCUUCCUGCCGAAGUAGUUCACGAGCGAGAAAGCACCACUAUUGUUGGUACGAGCAAGACCCACAAAAGGCCCCAGCCGCUUGGAGCAACACGUAAUUUGCAUUCACGUGGCCUUCCUCCUAGGCGUCCUCAAAGCAUGGAAAUCGACCCAAUCGUUCGCGCACCGAGUGCGUUCAUCAUCAAAGCUCGAAAGUAA